GGGAGUUACUGGACGCGGCGCACCAGGACCGGUGCCCGCGGUCGGCGUCUGGCCUCGCCAUGGUCCGGCUGCCUCUGCAGUGCGUGCUCUGGGGCUGCAUCUGGACCUCCGUCUACCCAGAGCCACCCACUGAAUGCAGAGAAAACCAGUACCUCCUAAACAAUCAGUGCUGUAAUAAGUGCCCACCAGGAGAGAAGCUGGUGAACGACUGCGCCCAGCUCACCGAAACCCAGUGCCUGCCUUGCAGUAAGGGCGAGUUCUCGGACACCUGGAACAGAGACAGACGCUGUCAUGAGCACAGAUACUGCGACCCCAAUCUCGGGCUCCGGGUCGAGAGAGAGGGCAGCACAGAAACAGACACCCUCUGCGCCUGCGAGCAAGGCCGGCACUGCACCAGUGGCACCUGCGAGAGCUGUGCCCUACACACCUCAUGUGGCCCUGGGCUUGGGGUCAAGCAGCUUGGUACAGGGACUUCUGAUACCAUCUGUGAACCCUGCCCAGUCGGCUUCUUCUCCAAUGUGUCAUCUGCUUUUGAAAAGUGUCACCCCUGGACAAGCUGUGAGACCAAAGACCUGGUGGAGCACCAGCCAGGGACCAACGUGACUGAUGCUAUCUGUGGUUUCCAGAGUCGGACGAGAGCCCUGGUGGUGAUCCCCAUCGUAGGGGUCCUCCUGCUGGCCAUCUUCCUGGUGUCGCUCUACAUCCGUGAGUCCCCAGGGAAGGUGCUCAAGAAGCCGAAGGACAAGGCCGUCCAUUUUCCUAAGGCUCAGGGGCAAGAUCCUGUGGAGAUUAUUUUUCUGGAUGAUGUUGCUCCAUCUCCUGCGGCUCCAGUGCAGGAGACCUUACAUGGCUGCCAGCCGGUCACCCAGGAGGACGGCAAGGAGAGCCGUGUGGCCGUGCAGGAGAGGCAGUGAGGCUGCGCCUGCUUGGGACACGGCUGCACGGGUCCAGGACACCUGGCUGAGAGCCAGGAGCUGCUGCAGUGGUGACAGCGUGCAGCCAAGGGGAUGACGCCGACCAGGCACAGCCCCCUCGGCCUCCACCUCUGCACUCAGAGGAGCCCACGGCGCCCUCAGGGACUCCCGCCGCACACCUGGGCUCCUCCAGUUGCACAACUUGCUUUGCUUUUGGAGAUGGAGGGAAAACUCUGGGGGCCCAGGGGGAGACGGUGACACCCACCAAGCCUCCAGCCCAGCUGAGCAGCCUGGCACCCAGAGACGUGUCGUGUGGCUUCCACGCGCCCAGGAGGCUUAUACACGUGUGUCCGUUGCAGCUUUUUUUUUUUUGUACGUCGUUGUGAAUGACUGGAGACCACUUCCCUGUCCAUCAGCAGGGACUGGUAAAUAAAAUGGUACUGUAUUUAUACAA